AUGGCAGAAUCAAAAGAGAUCAAGACGGGACAGUCGAAAGUCAAUUUUUUGCCGCAAGGCAAAUAUCUGAAACCUGAGGAGAUUGAAUAUGAGUUUGGUGGUACAAUCGGUGUUCUUGGAAUGCUAAUUGGCUUUCCUCUAUUGAUGUGGUAUAUGUGGAUCUGUGCUGAAUUCUAUGGCGGGAAAAUUGCACUACCUCAAUUAGGGGAAAGUUGGCCUCACUUCAUAGUGCAUUUGUACCAGAUAUUUUUGGACAACGGAGUUCCAACAAGGUAUGCUUGGACUAUAUUCCUGACUUUUUGGGUAUUUCAGAUUUUCUUCUACUACACUUUGCCUGGUAUCUGGACGAAAGGCCAGCCAUUGACCCAUUUGAAGAACAAACAAUUGCCUUACUAUUGUAACGCAAUGUGGUCACUGUAUGUUUCCACAGCACUAGUGACUCUUGUGCACGUUACCGGUAUCUUCAAGUUGUAUACGAUUAUUGAAAUAUUUGGUCAGAUCAUGACGUGCGCAAUUAUAUCGGGGUUUGCCUUUUCGAUUAUUUUGUAUAUGUGGACCCUUUUUGUUACGAAGGAUUAUCACCGUAUGACCAGAAAUCAUCUGUACGAUUUUUUCAUGGGAGCCCCUUUAAAUCCACGUUGGGGUAUCCUAGAUUUGAAAAUGUUUUUUGAAGUUAGAUUGCCUUGGUUUACAUUAUAUUUCAUCACUUUGGGAGCAUGCUUCAAACAAUACGAGCAAUACGGCUACGUAACUCCGCAAUUAGGUGUUGUAAUGUUGGCCCACUGGCUAUAUGCAAAUGCCUGUUCCAAGGCUGAGGAAUUGAUCGUUCCAACAUGGGAUAUGGCAUACGAAAAAUUUGGCUUCAUGCUGAUCUUUUGGAACAUUGCCGGUGUUCCAUACACUUACUGUCAUUGCACCUUGUACUUAUAUUUCCAUGACCCAUCUGAAUACAAUUGGUCAAAGACUUACAACAUUUCAUUAUAUGUUGUCCUCCUAAUUGCCUACUAUAUCUUUGAUACUGCCAACGCUCAAAAAAAUGCCUUCAGAAAGCAAGUCGCUGGUGACACACAUAUCAGGAAAGCGUUCCCAUAUUUCCCACAUCAAGUUAUAAGCAAUCCUAAAUAUAUGGUUACGAAGAAUGGCUCAUACCUAUUGAUCGAUGGUUGGUAUGUGUGGGCUAGAAAGAUUCAUUACACCGCUGACUGGACACAAUCUUUGGUUUGGGCGUUGAGCUGUGGAUUCAACUCGUUCUUCCCAUGGUUCUUCCCUAUCUUUUUCUUUGUUGUCCUAGUUCACAGGGCCGCAAGAGACCAAGCUAAAUGCAAAAAGAAGUAUGCUGCAGAUUGGGACGAAUACUGCAAACACUGUCCAUAUCUAUUCAUUCCUUACAUUUUAUGA